AUGGCCACCGUACUGUACGAUUAUAGUCCUCUUGAAAACGAUGAGAUUCCGUUGCAAAAGGGUGAAACGAUCGAGAUUCUGAGUGAUGCAGACUCCUUGGGUUGGUGCACCGGGCGUAAGAACGGA